AUGGCUGCAACUACUGUCCCAAGUGGUUUAAGCAGUAGCACGUGGAAGAAUGAGAGAACUCACACAGGGGAAAAGCCAUAUAAGUGCCAGAUCUGCCAAGCCCCUUUCACCACGAGCUCGUCUGUGUUGAAACACUUGCAAUAUGCUCAUCUCAACAUAAGGGAUUUCACUUGUGAGUUGUGUAAGAAGUCAUUCAUUUGCAAACCCAAACUGGAGGAACACAUGAAAAGAUAUAAGUGUGAGCUUUGUGGAGAAGGAUUUAUGAGAAGAUCAGCAAUAGAGAACCACAUUCUGGACCGACACCAUGGCCUGGAGUUCAUGCUGAGCUCAAACACGGCGAGGAGCAACAAGGAGGGUGGGAUGGCGACCUCUGCAACCUCGCCCUUCAUUUCAGUGGUGGGAGCUGAGGAUGCCAGCACAGAUGAUAGCUACAUUGUGAUCUAUGCUGAUGAGGAUGAGGAACUGGAGAAUUCCCAAGAGAUGGAGGUUACAGUCUCAGCAGAGGGGGGAGAGAACAGUGCUGGCCUUACAAGCAAACAGUUACCACUGGGAGCAAGCUGCCAUGCUGGGAGUUCUGUUACAGUAGAACAGCAGCCUGAUGUAUUAUCCAGAGUCAUCAUGAAGGGAGAAACAUCUAGUGAUAAUGCAGAAGCAAUAAUUGCAUUCAUGUCAACAGAGGAUGAGGUGGUGGUGCCCACAAUCACAAUGCAAGAAGACACCGCCUCAAACAUUGACCAGGUGAUGGAGAUAGAUCCUGCUCAGUUCAGUCAGGAAGUAGUAACGUGCAGUGGGACGGUGCCUGAGUACACGUGAACAAAGGCUGCGGAUGGUGGAAAUCCUGGAACAUUACAGAUAUGAGCAGGACUGUACUUAACUUUGUGAAUAUACAGAAACAAAUACUAUCCCAAAAAAGUGCUAAUUUGAAAUGUACACUCGUUCCUUGGUCUCAGUUAGCCACUAAAUUUUCUAACUUACACUGUCAGUUCAUCUUUCCUUGUCCUUAGUACAUUAUUUCUUACCAUGAUAUAAUAUAAGUUGCACCCUGAAUUGGCUGUGAUAUAUUUAGUGGAUCUCAUAAAGGAAAACUGUGUUUUUGUGUCAUUUGAAGGUUCCAGCAAUUAAAAUCUUUUUCUAAUUUCUGUACUCAAAAUGUAAAUUAACACAUUUUGAUUUAUAUAUGAAAUAUAUUAUACAAUAUUCACAUUACUUUCUCUGUAAAAAAGGAGAGAGAAAGAAUAUGGGUGACUCUGUUGUUGAGUCCACACUUCACUCUCUCUGUAGUCUUUAUAUUAUUCUGGGAUAAAACAAUGCGAGUAUUUCUAUAUUCAGGUUGACAAUACAAUUUACAUAUUUUGUGUGUUCACUUUUCAAUACCUGUAAUUACCCAGGGACUUUUCAUCAAACAAUCCAGUAAAUAAAACCCU